AUGAAGAAUAAAGAUGUGUUUUCAUGGACUAGUAUGGUUAAUGGGUAUGCAAAGUUCGGGGAAUUGGAGCUGGCAAGGAAGUUUUUUGAUGACAUGCCCGAGAGAAACGUGAUUUCUUGGAAUGCAAUGGUUGUUGGUUAUUCUCAAAAUAAUCAACCAAAUGAAGCUUUAAAAUUAUUUCUUAACAUGGUAGAGGCAGGAUUGGCGGCAACAGAGAACACUUUGCGGAUUCAAUUUAGUUUGAUUCUGGAAAAUGCUGUUGUUGACAUGUAUGCAAAAUGUGGGAGUCUUCAUGCGGCUGCAACUAUCUUCAAUGAAAUGGUGGAGAGAGAUUUGGUUUCCUGGAAUUCCAUGGUUGCCGGAUAUGCUUCUCACGGACAUGCUACAAAAGCCCUUGUCCUGUUCGAGCAGAUGACCCGAUUGGGAUUUAGGCCAAACGACAUCACAUUUGUGGGUGUGUUGUCAACUUGCAGUCAUGGGGGUUUAGUUUCAGAAGGUCAAGACUAUUUCAAAAGCAUGAAAAGAAAUUUUUGGAUAGAACCAAAAGUUGAACAUUACGCUUGCAUGAUUGAUUUGUAUGGUCGAAUUGGGCAACUAGAAGAAGCUUAUGAAUUAAUAGAAAAAAUGCCAAUGGGAGCAAGUGUAGCAGCAUGGGGUGCUCUUCUUAAUGCUUGUAGAAUGCACAAGAAUGUUGAGCUGGCUAAGGUUUCUGCCUAUAAGCUGUUAGAGUUGGAUCUUGAAGACAGUGGCAUUUAUUCAUUACUGGCAAAUAUUUUGGCUUAUGAGAGAAGAUGGAGUUGA